UAUAGGACGUUCAUCUAACCCCAACCACUCCUUUAUUUCUCACCCCUCCCUGCCGGUGCCUGCUCCAAGUGUCAGGGAAAGUAUAAAGUGGGAAGGGACCCGCACGGACGGGACAUACGCUUCUGGGCUGGGGAAGGUGUAUUACUGGAGUGACAACUUACCUACACGUGAAAGCUUCAAGAACAAAAAAGGAAAAGAGAUGCUGCCCCUCUCCAGUAUGCAGACUCGCGGAGCGCUGAGUUCCUUGAUGUGCGUGAUGAGUUGCGCGUUGCUGCACUCUGGACUGGCCUCACGGCUGAAGUCUCCCAUUCUGCCCAUCCAGUCGGAGAGGGAGCCUUUCACAUCCAAGGGCAUGUCAGGAUGUUCAUUCGGAGGAAGAUUUUAUUCGCUGGAGGACACUUGGCACCCUGACCUCGGGGAGCCGUUUGGGGUCAUGCACUGUGUCAAAUGUUACUGUGAGACACAAAGGGGUCGUAAGGGUAAGAUGUUGGGAAAGGUGAGCUGUAAGAACGUCAAGCGGGACUGUCCUGAGCCUAGCUGUGAUGCCCCAGUGUUGCUACCUGGACAAUGCUGCAAGACCUGCCCCAAAGGCGAUGUGGACAGGAAGCAAGUGGAGGCAAUGUUUGAUGGCUUCGAGUACUUCCAGGAGAAGGAGAAAGAGGAUGACCUGCACAAGACCUACAAUGACCGCUCAUACCUCAGCUCCGAGGACAUUUCCCCUGGGGAGAGCCGUACUGACUUUGUAGCAGUGUUGACGGGAGUGACAGACUCCUGGUUACCCAGCUCCAGUGGUGUGGCCCGGGCACGAUUCUCUCUCACCAGAACCAGCCUGACCUUCUCCAUCACCUACCAGAGGAUCGGGAGACCAAGCAGGGUUGUCUUCCUUGAUUCUGAUGGAAACACUGCAUUUGAGUACAAGACCCCUAAGGGAGACUCAGACAUGAUCUGUGGAGUGUGGAAGAAUCUUCCCCAAUCCCACGUGCGACAGCUACAGGCAGAACAACUUCGGGUUACUAUGACAACAGCCACCGGUAGACGGGAGGUGAUCGAAGGAAAGAUCAUCAAACACAGAGCACUGUUUGCAGAGACGUUCAGCUCCACUCUGACCUCAGAAGAGGAGCAUUCUGGGAUGGGAGGCAUCGCCAUGCUGACUCUGAGUGACACAGAGAAUAACCUUCACUUUGUUCUCAUACUGCGGGGACUGAUACAACAUAGAGAGAGAGACGCCCCCCUGGUGCCCAUCCAGGUACGACUGCAGUACCGCCAACACGUCCUGAGAGAGAUCCAUGCCAAUGUCACCGCCUAUGACACAGACUUUGCUGAGGUGCUGACAGACCUGAACAGUCGAGAGCUCUUCUGGUUGUCAAGGGGCCAGCUGGUGAUCACCGUGGAAACUGAGGUCCAGGACCCCCGACACAUCUCCGGCUUCAUCACUGGCAGGAAGUCAUGUGACACCAUCCAGAGUGUCAUGUCCAGUGGUGAUGCAUUGACACCAGGGAAGACAGGUGGUGUGGGAUCAGCAUUCUUUCAUCUCCAUGACAACGGCACCCUGGACUACCAGGUUCAGCUAGUAGGGGUAUCAAGUGAGGUGAUGGGUUUGACCAUCGAGCUAAAGCCUCGGCGGCGCAGUAAGCGCUCCGUGCUGUAUGACCUAACUCCAGAGUUCGACAGGCCCAGCGGGCGGGCGGCUGGCAGCUGGAGUCGCGUAGAGGCUCGUCACAUCCACAUGCUGUUGCAGAAUGAACUGUUCAUCAACGUGGCUACGGCACACAGCCAGGAGGGGGAGCUCCGUGGACAGAUCAAAGGCCUGCUCUACAGCGGCCUGGAGGCACCCAGACACGAGAUUCCUGUCCCUCUGGCAGGCCAGUUUGUGGCUCCUCCAGUCCUGACCAGUGCUGGGGGCCAUGCCUGGGUGUCUGUGGACGAGCGCUGUCACCUCCAUUAUGAGAUCGUGGUGGCAGGCCUCAGCAAAGCUGAUGACCUCACAGUCAACGCCCACCUCCACGGAUUGGCUGAAAUCGGAGAACUUGACGAACGCAGCACCAAUCACAAGAGACUGCUGACAGGGUUCUACGGUUCUCAGGCCCAGGGUGUGUUGAAGGACAUCAGUGUAGAGUUGUUGCGUCACCUGGACAGAGGGACCGCCUUCAUCCAGGUCAGCACCAAGGUCAACAUCAGAGGAGAGAUACGUGGACGGGUUCAUGUGCCUAAUAACUGUGAGUUUCGGACAAAGGGUGAGGUGGAGUUGGCGGAGUUUGAUGACCUGUUUGUGCGUGAUCCUGAGGAACUAAAGAAAGACCCCCACACCUGUUUCUUCGAGACUCAACACCACGCCCACGGCUCACUCUGGACCCCCAACUACAACCACUGUUUCACCUGCAGCUGUCAGAAGCGCACAGUGAUCUGUGACCCGGUCAUCUGUCCAGUCCUCACCUGCUCUCGCACCAUCCAGCCUGACGACAAGUGCUGCCCCAUGUGUGUUGAGAGGAAAAACCCCAAGGAAAUGAAGACGCCAGAGAGGCUAGACGAGAAUCCAGAAGGUUGUUACUUUGAGGGGGACCAGAAGAUGCAUGCUCCUGGGUCUACCUGGCAUCCAUUCGUCCCUCCGUUUGGCUACAUCAAGUGUGCCCUCUGCACCUGCAAGGGAGCCACAGGCGAGGUGCACUGUGAGAAGGUGACGUGUCCAGCCCUGACCUGCAGUCGUCCGGUACGCCGUAGCCCCUCCGACUGCUGUAAGGAAUGUCCGGAGGAAGACAACCCCCCCCUGGGGCACGCUGACAUGAUGCAGGCAGACGGGACGAGUCACUGCAAGUUUGGGAAGAACUUCUACCAGAAUAGUGACAACUGGCACCCCCGUGUGCCCCUGAUGGGAGAGAUGAAGUGCAUUACCUGCUGGUGUGACCAUGGUGUGACUAAGUGUCAGAGGAAGCAGUGUCCAGUCCUGACCUGUAGUAACAUCACCCGCCGGGAGGGCAUGUGCUGUCCUGAGUGCCAAGAUUCCAAAGAGGAAGAGGAGGAGCUGAUGAAAGUUCCGGAAAAGAAGAACAGCUGGAGACACUGAGCUGAGACCGCCUCUCCACCCCACACACUCUCUACCUACCCCCUCAUGGGGAGACCUAGACCUGCACACUGGGUCAGCUAACACCCCCUAAAGCCAAGCCCCCUAUGAUCCUCCUACCCCGUCCCACAACCCCCCUGUCCACUCCCACCCCUUAGUCAACCUCUGGAUUGUAACGACAGAAGGAAAGACAAGCAGAGAAAAAGAAGGAGAACGAGGAGCACCAAGGAGUCAUGGAAGGGACUGAGGACGUACAGUCCACAGAAGCUAACUGAAAGAAUGGAAAGAAAGGACCAAAAAGAGAUAUGAAAUGGACCAACAUAACUGCUGCAGAUGUGUCUUUUGACUGGUAUCUCCUUUGAAAUGUGACUUUUGUUGUCGUUUUUGUUUCUAGUUGUUUUUCUUCCUUCCUUGAUGAAUAUUACCCUUUCAAAAAUCACCCUUCAUAUUGGAAUACCGGUACACAAGGUGACACUGUUUGUUGUUUAGUUGUUCAAAUGGAUGUAUUGGUAGUCUUGAUUAGGAAUGAUUUCUGAAGUUCAGCCCUAAGUUGUGUUUGUGCAUACUCACUUUUGAGUGUGUGUGUGUGUGUGUGUGUGUGUGUGUGUGUGUGUGUGUGUGUGUGUGUGUGUGUGUGUGUGUGUGUGUGUGUGUGUGUGUGUGUGUGUGUGUGUGUGUGUGUGUGUGUGUGUGUGUGUGUGUGUGUGUGUGUGUGUGUGUGUGUGUGUGUGUGUGUGUGUGUUUACCAGUGGUAAAAAGGCUUGCUAAACUGCCACAAACAUACGAGGCAGUAAACUUACUGGGUGGCUAGAUGGAAACACACACACAAAACAGACUGAGCAUCACUGACGAUCUCAUAAAUCAGCACCACACAUAUGUUCUCUUAUCCCAUCCAGUCAGCACCAAUAGAACACUUCCUUUGGAAAAGCAUAACAAGAAUCUAAUCUAAUUGCUUACUGAAGAGAUUAGAAUAUACAGUAAGUUUACAUGAACAUCUGUUUUAGAUUUAUUUGCAGCUCUGACCUGUAUUGCACCUCUUCAUGUGCUCGUCCAUGAUAUCAGUUUCUCAUUUCAGUAAUAUGUGUAAUUAUUUUAUAAUGCUUUGUAUUAGUGUUGUUAUUUUUAUGAAUCUUGCUUGUAUUUAUUGACCGUGUGAAGGAAAAAAUAAAAGUUGUUGGUAAUAAA